AUGGAAGAGCUAGAGUGUUCAAAACAUAAUAAAACAUAUGAAUAUAUUUGUUUUCAAUGUAAUUUGUUGUUUUGUUACAGGUGCUCUAAUGAUCAUCCCAAAUCACAUGCGAAUCAUACUUGUGAACAUAUCGAUGAUAUCAAAUCACAAUUGUUAAAGACAAUAGAUAACACAAAGAAUAUUAAUAAAAAUAAAAAUAAUAGUAAUAGCAAUGAGAAUAAUGAUAAUAGUACAAAAGAAAUAGAAAAUAACUAUAUACAAUCACAAAUCGAUAAAUUAUGGUCAAACAUAAAAGAUUCAUCAAAACAAUACAAAUCACUCGAAGAUAAACAACAAAAGAUAAGCGAUCACUUUGCAAUACUACAUAAAUAUUUGACUGAAGAGGAACUAAAAUUAAAGAAACCAAUUAUAAAUGAUAUAGAUUUACUAAAAGAUCAGAUUAAACUUAAAUUAGAGGAAUUUAAAUCAUUUAUCAAAAUAAUUAAUACUUUAAAACAUAAUAGUAAUAAUACUAGCAGUAGUAGUAAUGUUACAGAUGAUAAUGAUCAAGAUAAUGAUCAUGAUAAUAAUGAAAAUGAUACAACUAAUUCAAUAGAAUCGAUUAUUAAUUCAAUUCAAUCGAUAGAAUCAGUACAACAAUUCAUUAAACAUCAUGAUCAAACACUCUUUGAUUACCAAAACUAUAACAAUAAUAUAGUCGGUUAUCUCAAAGAUCAUACUGAUAGCAUUGAUAUUAUCUUACUAAAAUUAAUCAAUAUUCAUAAUAAUCAAUAUAUACGAUCAAUUUCAAAGAAUAAUGUUUACUAUUAUCAACCAACAACAAAUAUCAUAGAUAAUUACAAUAUUAUUACAACUUUAACACCAUAUGAUAUUGAAAUCUAUCAGAAAAAUAUACAACAAACAAUUAAAGUUAUCAAUAAAAGUGAUAAUUUAAUUCCCAAGACAAUAAACACCACUACCGUAGAACAAAAAAGUGUUUUACAAAGAACAGAUCCGAUCUUUUCUAUCAAACAAGACCUAUCAUUGGAAUCUGUGUAUUCAAGAUAUUUCAAAAAUCUAGAGCCAACCACCAUAUCUAAUGAUAAAACCGAAUUUACCUUUAAAUUCUUAUUAAUGGGAGAUUCCACAGUUGGAAAGAAAGAAAUGAUAAACUAUUUCGAUAGUUCACCUGGAUUUGCCACUACCGAUUUUAAACAACGGAUAUUCACUAGAGAUAAAUUUACAUUUAACCUUCAACUAUGGGAUACGUAUGGGUUCGAAAGAAUGACCAGUCUGAACAUUCCUGAUCAAAUGGCCAUCUUUAUUGUCUAUGAUGUCACCAAUUCUGAUUCAUUUGAAAAUGUAACGAGAUUGUUUAACAUUAUCAAUGAUAACUAUGGAACAUUGGCAUUUAAGAUAUUGGUUGGCAACAAAUGUGAUAAACCCAAUAGAGUGAUUGGCUAUGAAAAAGGUCAAAAGUUGGCUAAUAGACUUGGAAUGUCAUUUAUGGAGACAUCUGCCAAAACUGGACAAGGAAUUGAAGAGCUGUUUAUGAAGUUUUACAACAAAAAUAUGAUUUGGGAAUAUGAAACUCAAAAUCAAAAAACAAAACAAUGA